AUGUCUGCAAGUGUCAAAGCAAAGCAAAAGAUAAAUAUCGAAGUUAAUAACAAAAAUUUGGUAAAAUCUGAGGAACUUCCAGGAACCAGUCAGAGUUUUGAUAGUGAUUCCUUUGAUGAACAGAAAGAUCCGUUUGAAAAAGUACUAAAUUUAAAAGAAAAGAGAAGGUCAGCUCUUAAACCUUGCGACAGUUGUGAAUUUAAAGACAUUCUGGAUGAUGUUCCCACCUGGUGUUGUGGAUUAUGCCGACCUCGUUCGGAAUCGGUGGAAGAAUUUUGGUUAAUAUCAGUACCAAGGAAAAAGAAAUCGCAACAGAUUUUCGAUCAACUUAAUGUUGUGACGGAAAAUAAACAUUUAUCUGUCAAUUACAAAUUCCACAUACCUAAUUUUUUGAUUGGAACUCUAGAUAAACUUAUAGGAUUACUCGGAGAUUUAAAAGAACUGGAUUCAUAUACAGAAGAUUUAGUUCAAAGAAUUUUUAACUUAAUGAGAAACAUUGUGGAUGAUACUGAUAAGCUGAAAGAUAACCUUAUGGUAAAUGAUAUUGAUUUACCAACAUAUGUGAUUAGAUUCACAUGGAACAAAGCCAAAUAUCCUGAGCAGCAGUCUCUGAAACACAUAUAUUACAUGCUUAAGAAGGAAAUGGGAAAUUUGGAGAAUGAUAUGGAACAAAGAUCUGGUGCUUAUUUUACCUCGCAGAGCAAAGUCAGCAUCUUAGAGGAAAGGGAAUCUGGAAAUUUAAUACGCAGACCCCUGGCUGAUAUUGUAAAAAAAGAACAUUUUGUUUUGGGCUCUAAAUAUUUAACAACGCUCUUAGUUGUUGUGCCAAGCAACUUGGAAAAGGCAUGGCAUGCAACAUACGCCACCUUAGCGGAAAUGGUUGUACCGGAUUCAAGCAUCAAAGUUUAUGAUGACAAAAACCAUUACCUUUAUACAGUUACUUUGUACAAGAGAUGCGUGGAGGAAUUCAAAACAAACGCUAAGCAGAGAAGAUUUUUUGUUCGCGAUUUCGAAUAUUCGGAACAGGAUUUAGCUGCAGAUAAAAUGAGAAGCAAGAAGCUUAAAGCGGAUAAGUAUAGAAAACUUGUUUUGUAUUGGACAUGGUUAAAACUGAGCUUUGCAGAAUGUUUCAGCGCUUUGAUACACAUUAAAGCCCUUAGAAUUUUUGCCGAUUCCGUAGUCAGAUAUGGACUUUCUGUAAAUUUUCACGCUAUAUUGAUACAGCCAAUUAGAUGUGUAAAACUGAGAAAAGCUUUAGAUGAGCUGUAUAAGGAUAUCAAUAUUCAUUUAGCUGCUGGUACCAUUCCUGAAAUACCGAGAAGUUUACAGAAAUUUAAUGUGCAGGAGUAUUGCCGUUAUGUAUUUCUUAAAAUUAACCUAAAUUUCAUUGACGGAUAG